GUAGGUGAGUGUCUGAUUGCGGGCCGGCUGGAGGGUCUGGGCUUAGUGCUUCCGUGCCGCUCUGCGGGCUGCUGGUAACCGGGGAUUUUUCCGUGUUGUGUGAGCGAGCCGCAUUGCCCUGGUGCUGACAAGAGAGGAGCAGAGCCACAGGAACCCGCUGUUGCGACUCCAUUAUUUUGGAAGAGUCUGGGAGGCGCAGGAAAGAACAGGAGUGAGUCCUCUUUACUGAGUGCUUAAUUACUACGUGUCAGAUACUGGAGAAAUUAAUUUGAUGGCUAUAAAUAAGUCAUCACUCUCACUGGAAUCCAGUGAAAGUGACUCUGAGGAACUGCCAACUUUUACCUUUCUGAAGAAGGAACUAUCUUUGACAAAGAAAGAGGAACAUCUUAAGGAAAAAAUUGUAGUGGUUGACACCUCAUAUUCUGAGGCCUCCUGCCCUCCAUUGCCACAACUGAGAGAUAAACUAACUGUCCUAGAUACAUCUGAAACUGUCACGCAAACAGAACCAGUCAAGGUUCUGAGUAGUGGAAGUGAGGAUGAGGAGGAAAUUGUCCCUUUGGCUGAGAGACUUACAUGUAAGUUUUUGACCUACAAGCAACUAAGCCCUAAGGAUUCUAGCUCCCCAAUUAAAAAUAUUUGUGAUCGUCCAGAUAAUGAAGAAGCAGCAAGUGACUGGAAAAAACAGCCCUUCUCAAAGAUCCCUGAUGAUCCCCUCCAGGAUAUAUCAAAGAAGCAUGCACCUAAUAAACCGUCUGUACUAGAUGAUCCAUGCCAGCAUCUUGUUCAGAACAAUCGCUUGACAGUAACCAGAACAAAUACUGAGGUCUCCCCACUUCAGAAGAGAACCAAACACAGUGGGAAGGUCCAGAGGAGAGGCUUACAGGGAUGCCAGCAGCGGAGACGAGAGAGGCAAAAGGAGAACACCAUAAGACAAGAGGAAAAGAAAAAGAAGGCAGCACUAGUUAACAGGCUGAAAGCGCAGAGGCCAGAGGAAUGCUUGAAACACAUUGUUGUGGUACUCGAUCCAGUGCUUUUACAGAUGGAAGGUGGGGGCCAGCUCCUUGGAGCCCUGCAGUCCAUGGAGUACUGCUGUGUGAUUGAGGUGCAAGCCGUGCCUCACAGCAUCACUUGGAGAAGAACUCAGCUGGCUGAGGAAGAAAAGGAAAGCUGGGUGGAAGAGCCGAUGGUCUUGGUGCUGCUCCUGGCAGAGGCACUUGUGCCCAUGAUCUACAACUUCAAGCAGGAAAGUAUUGGUGGCACCAAGGAAGGAAAGGAGACACUUCGGAGUUUUGUAACUGACAUCAUAGCAAGGACAGCAGGGAAAACUCUGUCACUGGUGAUUGUGGACCAGGAGAAGUGUUUGAGUACUCUGAAUCCUCCCAAGAAAAGGAGACAAGGAGUGGCAGGUAGACAACAUGCCACAGAGAAAAAGAAGAGGCAGCCGGAGACCAACAUAAGGCCUGUGGUGACCAGGGUCGAUGUGGAAGAGGCACUGGUAGAUCUCCAGCUACACACAGAAGUCCAGGCUCGAAUCGUACAAAGCUGGAAAGAGCUGGCUGACCUGGCAUGCUCGUUCACAAAGGCUGUGGCUGAGGCACCUUUCAAAAAGUCAGAAAACCCAGAACUAGAUUCCAGGUUGUGUGUGCGUGCGUGCAUUAUUGGAUAAAGACAGAGAGAGAUGCCUGUACUACUGCUUCACCACUUGCAAAGCCUUCAUCCUGCAGCUGAGGACCAGGUGUGUGAACCCAGGUCCUUGCACAUUGUAACAUGCUCUAUACAGGGUGCACCACCACCUAGCCCCAUCCAAAUUGGCUUUUACCCAGCCCCUUGUUCCUGCUCCUGUGUGCAUAGCCUUUGUGGUCAGCAUGACUUAAUCUUAGUAUUUAAAAAAAAAAAAAUUCAUGUCACCAUGUGGAUUCAAGCCACUGGUCCUCACCUGCAGGGGGGAAGUUUCAUGAGCAGCAGAACAGUGCUGCAGGAGUCCUGCCUUCUGUCUCUCAUCCUCUAUGAAAAAAGGAAAAAAUGGGUGGGGGAAUGUGACCACCAGGAACAGUGAAACUAUGCAGGUACCAAGCCCCAGCAAUAACCCUGGUGACAACAACAAAAUAAUAAUAAAUCUAGAACCUUAUUGGUUUACUUAUUUUUAGACAAAGGAGAGAGGGAGAGAGGAACGAGAACAGGAGGAAGAAAGAGGUAGGUAGGCCACAGCACUGAUGCUUCUUUAAAUGUGGGUGCUAGGCUAGAACCUGGGCUGCAUGCAUAGCAAAGCAGCACACCUUCCAAGUGAACUAUUUUGCUGGGCCUCUGAUACCUUCUUUUACAGAAGAACAAACAUCAUUAGGGGACUCAGCAACUAGCACUGUCUGGGGAAUUAAGUGAGCCCUCAAACAGCCAAUGUUAUUUCCACCUCUUCCAAAGUCAGUGGAAGUUUUCAGCUUCCCAGUUUUGGGGGCUCGUGUAGCAGAGUGACUACUUGCAGCUCUGUAACUACUGU